UUCAAAUUCCGCGCGAGCUUUCUCUCUUUCCCUCCGCUCCAACUUACUCUUCUCCAUUUGUCUUCGGCGGAGAACUAGCGGUGAUCAAUUUAUCCGGCAGAAUCGAGCUUUUUUGCUAGUACAGAUCCACAAUGGAACUAGCAGUUGCUGAUGUCACAAAUAAGCGCCUCAAACCUUCUGUGGAGGAUAAUGGAACCACACAGACUGAUAGUGAAGUUGCUAAGACAGUAGAAGAAGAAACUGCAGUUGCCACAUUGGCAUCAGAACAGGUGGAGCUGGAGAUUGCUAAUAUUCUUGAAAAGAUCAACCGUUUCACUAACCUGGUCUCUGAACUGCUGGAAUCAGGGAAGUCCAUGCUGAAGGAAUUGAGUAAUGAGUUUGAAGAACGAAUGAUUGUAAUCCACAAGGAACAGAUGGAAAAGUGGCAAGAAGAGAUUAAGGAACUGCGCUUGCUUGACACUUCAAAUGAGGAGGCUGAUGGUCUCUUGUUGAAUGCUAAAUAUCUACUUCAGAAUGUCCGGGGUGAAUCCUGAGCUAUUUGCACCAUUCUAAAUCUUCUCAAUCAAUAGGUAAGCUGUUCACGUUAUCCUGAGUAAUUGACUGUUCUGCAUUUCUAGUGAUUUUGUCACCUAGCUUGGUACUUCUGUUCUCACUAAAAGAACAAGGACAAAGCCUUAUAUGAUCCAUAGCUUUUGUAGAAUUGCUGCACAUUUUAUUGCUAGCUGGUGUAAAGCUGCUUAGUAUUUCCCUUGAUAGUACUAGUUUUCUGACUGAUAAGUAUAUAAUAGAUAUCGCAAAUUUGGUAUGGUUA